AUGCCUCCAGCUUGUUACCCUUGAGCAGGCGAUGGAGUUCUCUGAAGAAUUUUUGAUCAAAGGCCAGACUGCAUGGAUGAGCCAUGCUGGAGCUCUAGUCUGUGCCGUUUUGAAACAACAGAGGCCACAAUGAAGCAGAGUAUGAGAGAGUCAUUGCAGCAAGAGGCAAGCUCAAAUCCAAGAAGGGAGGAGAAGAAACCCAGAGCAGCGCUGAAUCCAUGGAAAUAG